UUCACUCAUCAACUCUACGAUGCUUACUCCCCGACUCAUCCAACACCUUCCACUUCUACCCUCACGAUGCAAAAUUUUGGGAACGAUCAGUUAGCUACGAGGACUUGUUGGCAAUGCAAAUCUAGCAAGAAGAAAUGUGACAAACUUCUUCCUACGUGCAGCCGGUGCUCGAGAUUGUCUAUCGAGUGUGCAUAUGACGGUGAAAAGCCAGACGCUGCACCUAGCAACCACGAUUCAAAUGAUACCAAAUUUGAACAAAUAUUCCAACGUCUGGAGAGACUUGAACAUCUGAUCUCGAACCCGGACUCGCCAACGACUACUAGAACAUCAGCCUCGCAUGAACCACCCCCAAGUUAUGUCUCAAACAUUGAUCAUAGUUGCCAACCACCUUCCUGGCAGGUUGAUCCAGGCCAACUCAAGCAAGAAUACGUGGGUUUUAUGCUCUGGGGCAGCGUGUUUCGAAUAAUGAGUGAAAGUCACACCACUAUCGACGCUGUUGCCGAUAACUACUUCAAAUGGACACAUCAGUGGCUUCCGAUGAUAUCAAGGUCCCGAUUCGACACCGGUCUCGAGCGUCUCAAAGUGUAUUCGACAGAUCGCGGCUCUUCGCUCACUAUACUGGCCAUGCAUCUUACUGUGACUCCAGUUUCUGAACAUCCGGGCUCGACUCCACUGUCAGACUCCCCUUGGUAUCGGGCUUGCAAAUACUAUUUCAGCUAUUUUGCUUCGGUCGAGGAGCCGACCGUAGAUAUCAUACAGGCAGGAAUUCUCCUCGCACUGUUCGAGCACAUGCAAUCCAUAGAUAAUAAAGCACUUACCACUCUAGGGAUCUGCGGGAGACUUGCAUGUGCACUGGACCUUGACGAUAUAGUUGCGCAAGCGUUAAUCCGAGAACCUGGAGAGAUUAGCAGCGAGGUCGAGGAGGCUAUUCAGACGUGGUUUGCAUUGAUCUUAUUGGAUAGAUUCCACAGCAGCCUAUUAUCCAUCAGAAACCAUUCCAAGUAAGCUUUCUAGAGAGAAGCAUCAUGAUGUCGCCAGUUUUCCAUAAGCCUGGACGUGACGAUCUGCCCUUGUUUCUCCUGGAAAUGGAAGCAUCUCGAUUAGUAGCCCAGGUACAAACCGUUAUGCGGGACAAUCGUCGGACUGAUAUCGGUUUCUUAUUUGACGUUGCACCCCCGAUUCCUCAAGAGGUGGACAAAUUGGUAGAGUGUAUGAAGACCAAACAACAACCGCUUGGAUCCUUCGCUGGUAUACUGGUCUCGCUAGGCGCUGCCUUGCAGUUACACAUCUGGUACGUCCGUAAGAUUGGCAGAGUUGACGAGGAAAAUGUGCUUGCCAUUGUGUCGUAUGUGG